AUGGACGACCGCAACAAUGGCACCGCCGCCUCUUCGGCCAAUGCAACUCCCUACCUCAGACCUGGCACUCCCGAGAGUGAGGCCAUUACCCCUGCUGCCAGAGCAAACCCUUUGCAACCCCCCUAUGGCUCGAUGCCCGUUUCAGCAGCAGGUUCCUCCACAGCGCUGCAGCAGCCUCAGCAGAGAUACUUCCACUCUAGACGUGUGAAGAAGGGUGAAGUUGAGAAGCCUUGGCUCGAGAAGAAGGACCCCAAGGAGAAGUGGGUUACCAUUAUUCCUUGCAUCGGUAUCGCCAUUGGUCUUGCUCUUACCGGUUUCCUCAUCUACGACGGUCUGGCCAGUGUCACCAACCACACUUACUGCCCCGUCUUUGAGGACGACUUCUCGAACGGCUUGAACAACAAGAUCUGGCAANAGGAGGUCGAGUGUGGUGGCUUUGNNGGUAUUAACGGUCAAUUCGAACUCACCACCAACACCGACGAAAACGCCUUCGUCCAGGAUGGCAUGCUUCACAUCAAGCCUACUCUUCAAGAUGCAAAGCUCGUCGAGCAAAACAACGUCAUCAACCUUCUCGCAGAUGGCUCCUGCUCGUCUGACGUCUGGUCCAACUGUAUCACCGGUACCAACGUCACCAACGGUACUAUUGUCAACCCCGUCAAGUCUGCUCGUAUCAGCACCAAGAACGGUGCAUCCAUCAAGUUCGGUCGUAUCGAAGUCGAGGCUAAGCUCCCCGCUGGUGACUGGCUUUGGCCCGCCAUCUGGAUGCUUCCCAAGGAUGAUGUCUACGGUGCAUGGCCUCGCUCUGGUGAAAUCGAUAUCAUGGAGUCUCGUGGAAACAACCACACUUACGCUCAGGGUGGUAACAACGUCAUGAGCAGCACUCUCCACUGGGGUCCCAACCCUGCCAACGACGGUUGGUGGCUCAACAACAACAAGCACUCUGCUCUUCACACCACCUACUCCGCUGGUUUCCACACUUUCGGUCUUGAAUGGUCCGAAAAGUACAUCUUCACCUAUGUCGAUUCUCGUCUCCUCCAGGUCAUGUAUGUCAACUUCAACAAGCCUUUCUGGCAANAGGGUAGAUUCCCCGUCAGUGACAGCAACGGUACCGCUCUCUUGAACCCUUGGGCUGCAACCGGCAAGGACAACACUCCUUUCGACCAAGACUUCUACCUCAUUCUCAACGUCGCUGUUGGUGGUACCAACGGUUGGUUCCAGGACGGUGCUUCUGGCAAGCCUUGGACUGACGGCAGCACCUUCGCCAGAAAGGAGUUCUGGGAUGCCCGGGACCAGUGGUACCCUACCUGGGAGAAGAAUGGCGAGAUGGUUGUCAAGAGUGUCAAGAUGUUCCAGCAGAAGGGCUACAAUGGUUGCAACUAA